AGUCACUCCACAGAUUAUACGGGCUACAGACAAAACUUCACGGUGCAUCAAUCUCAAAUGACUUCCCCUGAAGUAGUGACUGUGAGACUAUAAGAAGAAGUCGUCAGCAUCGAAACUUGACCAAUACUAUCGCAUCCAGCAUCAGUUCACCUUCUCAGUCCUACAUUCGCUUCCUUACAUACUGGCCGCAAGACUUAUCCAUCACAAUGCAUUUCGCCUCAGUUGCCGUAAACUUUCUCGCCUUCCUUGCUCCGGCUUGGGCAUACGAGGUUGCCACAGACAAGUGCUGCCAGUCCCAGCUUGAAGCGUGCCAUAAGCAGGGUGCGAACGCUUGCAUGUGGACCAACGCCGCCAUCUGCGUCGACAACCCGAAAAACCGCGUUCCAGUUGACGAUACCUGCCUGAAAGCAUGCCCUGACGCCACUGUCAAGAACCCCAACGGUUUCCUCUACAAGUUCCAGAAGCACGGUGCUCCCGCUGGUGACUGUGUCUGCGGCAAUCUCAACCCUAACCUGAGCAAGUAUUGUUACGGCGGUUAAGCUCGCCACGGAGUAUCAAUAAGCCCUUAGGAUCGCUGAAACCUCGGAAUUCCGACUUCGCUCUUGGUAGUCUCUCUAGUGUAAAACACACAAUUUACGUACAAUUCUUUUUCCCAA